GGUUACCCCCCCCGGGGGGGGGUAGAGAUAAGGGACAUUGAGCACUGGAUCCUUCCUCGCUUUCGUUAUUGCCCUGAGAAGAUUUUGUUGAUCGCAAAUAAAAUUGUUCGUUCUCCCCAAGUGGGGCUUUUUGUCCCCACCUUUUGGGACGGGUGUCUCGGAUGAAAGGAAGAAGAAAAAAAUCAAGUUUCUGUAUCUCAGGACGCAGGUGGCGUAGUUCUGUGGUGGGGAGUUUUCUUGCAAGUCCGCACACAGUUGAGCAUUCCCGUACCUUUUUAAGAGCUUCCAGAAUGGAGACAGUCGGCAAGUGAUUCACAUUUACUUGACCCAGGUUCAAAAGAACACUGGAUUUAAUUGAAUUUCAUGGAAUAUGCUUUUCAGCUUCCAUGCCAGGGCAAUGAUUCCACCAGGAGAAUGUCUGUAUGCUGGGAGAAAAAGACGGAGACCCGUCCAAAAACAGAGGCCUGCUCUUGGGAAUGGAAAGUCUAAUCCCUCCAAGAGACACAGAGACCGCUUGAAUGCUGAACUGGAUCACUUAGCCAGCCUACUGCCUUUCCCACCAGACAUAAUAUCUAAACUGGACAAACUUUCUGUCUUGCGUCUUAGUGUCAGUUAUCUUAGAGUCAAAAACUUCUUUCAAGCUGUUCAAGAAAAGAACUUGAGAAAGCAAGCAAGUCAUGGAAUAAAGGAAGCUGGCUUAAGCAAGGAGCCUGCCAUACCGGAAGGAGGAUUCUUACUAGAGUCACUGAGUGGUUUUGCAUUGGUCGUGAGUGCUGAUGGAAUGAUAUUCUACGCAUCACCAACAAUUGUGGAUUAUCUAGGAUUUCAUCAGACUGAUGUAAUGCAUCAAAACAUAUACGAUUACAUUCAUGUGGAUGACCGGCAGGAUUUCUGCAGACAACUGCACUGGGCCAUGAAUCCGCCACAACUGGUAUUUGGACAAAACAUGCAGACAGAGACAGGAGAGGAAUUCAUGCUUAGUAAAAUGUUUCAAGCACAGGAGAGUGACAAUAUGUCAACAGACUUCUCAUCCUUUUUAACUCGUUGUUUUACUUGUCGAAUCCGGUGCCUUCUAGACAGUACUUCUGGCUUCCUUACCAUGCAGUUUCAAGGUAAACUGAAAUUUCUCUUUGGACAAAAAAAGAAGUCCUCCUCUGGAACAAUAUUACCUCCUCAGCUGUCCUUAUUCUGCAUAGUGGUACCGCUCUUUCUUCCUACAACGACUGACAUGAAGUUAAAAAGCCUUCUUGUGAAAGCAAAAUGUAAACCUGAUCAUGUAGCCUCAACAGAUGCAAAUUCAAAGACUAUUCCUGAAAAAUAUGUGGCUGAUUUUCAUGGGAAAAAUGCUUUCCAAGAAGGAAAGAAUAAUAAUAGAGAAAAUAGCAUAUCUCUAAUGAAAUUGCAAGCAAACGAAGAUCACUGGGUUUGGAUACAAGCCAAUACCCAAAUUCGGUACAGAAAUGGUUCUUCUGAGUAUUCAAUUGUCCCACAACAAACUCCCAAAGAAGAAAAUGGUCAUCAGAAGAUACCAGGCAGUACUGCAAGCAUAAAAGGGAAUAGGGAAGCACUGGGACUUAUGAAGCAUAAUAAGUGGACUCCAAAGAAAAAAGAGCAGGAAAGCAUAAAAGUGAAAUUUGAACCCAGUACAGAUGAUGAUAAUGAAAUUUUUAUUCAGCAAGAAUGUGCCAGUCCUAUUGUGUCAUUAUUUGGAGUUCAGCACAAUAAUAAUGGAGACGGAAUUUGGACUUCAAGGAAUACAUCAAGUACUUGUUCUAGAAGUCAGCACAAUGAGAAUACAUGCCCAAACAAAACUCUAAGACCAUUCCACAAUAGAGAUCAGAGGCUCUUCAGUAUAUCAUCUACUUGUCCUUCCCACUGGGGUGGCAUUGAAAAUUGUCAGCCUUAUCAAAGCUUGCAGCAGUUCUCAGCAGACAGCUAUUCAGCAGAAUAUAUGAAAUUACAACGUUCCCCAGAACCUCUGUACAACACUGGUUUGGCUCAUAACAUGCUGAUCAAAACUGAGUAUGAUUCAGAUUCUGAAAAUAUAGCUAACAGUUAUGCCAUUUCACCAAGUCGGGUUUGGAUGGAUGAAAAUGGAUUGACUGCAACAAAAAAGCAGUCAAUCCAUUGUCCUACUAGGGCCUACCUUAAAACUGAACUGGACCACCAGGAGCAACCAUCUCCUUACCAAACCCCAAAGCAUUGUGCUUACUCACCAUAUAACUGGCAACGCAUUGUGAUGCACCAUACCAGCAACGUCAGUAGAAAUGGAUCUGGCAAAGGGAUUCAUAACAAGGAUACCACUCCACUGGGCCCUCAGAACUCGAUUUGUUUAGAGACCAUGGAGGGCAUACAUGGCACGUAUUACUGUAAUCCAUUUUAUAGUUCCAGUUUAGUAGAUGAGAAAGGGCUGAAUGGCCAGGUUCUGAAAACACACUGUGAGUUUAGAAAUCUCAGCUUAAUGCAGACAAUCAAACAUGAGCCGUUGGAUUCUCCACCUAUAUCUAGCAGUGCUCAGAACAGAGUACAAACUACUUUUCCUGAAACUGCAGUAGCAGACUCUCAUCCUCCUAAAAUAAUGGGAUGUACAUUUUCUCAACACACUGUGUAAUGUCUUAGAAUGCUUUUAAUAUUGUUCACAGUAGGCUCAUUAGUGCAGGGACAGGACAUGAAACAGAAAGUGCCCCAAUCAUAAUAAAGUACUUUCUGUUGCAGGGAUUUGGGCAACUAUUUUGGUUGUUCAUUUGUUUUUGGUGCAACAAUGGGGCCUGGCACCGAUUGGCCUUCUAACUUAAGAAUAGUGGGUGAGAUAAGAACUCUGAAUUACAUGAAGAAGUGCCCUUAAUAUUUACAGAAGCACUGCAUAAUGUGUUGUAGAUUAUUUCCUACUGAAAUACAAUGGCAAUUACUUUUUAAUAAAAAAGGGAAAAGGGUUGCAUAAAACGACACAGCAAUUCAUUUCACUUAGCCACUAAUGUGAUAUAACCUGUGGUUCCCAAGUACUGUACUUCAGGAGUGUCUCUUGUGCAAUUCAGUGAAUUAAAUAUAAAUAAAAGGAAAGGAAAUAGUCCCAUAUGAGCACCAGAAGUACAAUACUUGUUCUCCAUUACCUGUUGUUUAGGGUCCAAAGAAACAUAGCAGAAGAAGCAGGGAGAGGGAGAAGGUAGUUUUGGUAGAAGCAUUGAGGCUACAAGGUCAGGAGUUCCUUGGAUCAUAGCUAGGGAAAGUGGGUAGGGGGAGAGGGAAGGAGCUAUAGUCUGCCUGGGGUGACUGUUGUGGGAAGGGCUGCUGAGGAAAGAGAAAAAGAGAAGUGAGUGUGGUAUGAGAGACAGCUGGCAACAUAAGGACCUGUCUUGUGGCUUUUGACUGUAUGAAGAUGUUUAUAGAUUAGUUGGUACUUUGGCCAUCCUUACCCAAGGUAAAACUAUGUAUAAAUCUUAUGUCAAAAUGUUCCAGCGUACUUCACAAAACCAUCAGCCUAGCUGCCCCUAUAGUACAUGAGCCUGCUGGAGUAUCAGUACUUUCUGGGGAAACAAAUGCUCGUUGUGAGAUGGAAAAUCCCUAGAGAUGGAAAAUAUGUGAUGAUAUUGCAGGCACUUUCAGCAUGUUAUGCUUUUAUUGUCCUGACCAUCGGGCCUUUAGCAGCCAAAUUUGCGGGGAGGAAUACAAAACCUACUAUUAAAUGUUAUUGGUGUUCUCAGAGGAAUGGAAAUGAAAAUUGUCAGAAAUGUUCUCCAAAAAUGAUUCCAUGGAGAGAAUACAACAGUUUGCUCAUUGUUGCACUAACCCUUUGCUCUGUGAAAAAAUGCUGUAAUUUUACCCUAAUCGUUUGGAUAAUCGUUAAAGGAUAAUCAUUCAGGAUAAAGAAGAGGUGAUAACAGAGAGAAAGUUGUAAAUGCAACCAUGCUAUCACUUAUUUUCCGUGGGUGGGAUGUGUGUGGGGGGGGGGGGGGGGGGUGUUAGACAUUGCCAAAAAUCACUGUGAGCAUUCGUCCUCCUGAUGGCCAAAAUGUGUGGGCCUGCCUUACUAGUAUCAGUUGCCCCAAAUGAUCAAGAACUUAAGCUAUAUCGAACUUAAGCUAUAUCUUAAGGAACCUGAAGUGUUUGCCUGCUAUUGCAUCUUCCUCAGUUGCCAUUUGUGUAUAAACCCCAUGCUGUUAUGGAACAAUGUAAGCUGCAGUGAUGCAAAUAGUGACUAGUAAUGUAGUAGCCCUUUGUGUAUGCUUAUGUUACUCAGGAAAACUGUUCCCUUGACUGUUAGGCUAGUCCUAUGCUGCUCCUAUGUGCCAUAAAGAUAGACUUCAGAUCCAACUUGUGAGCACUGCUUCAACUGUUGUGAUAUGGAACCAGCCGAGAACCUUGAAGCCAGAUCCUAUGCACUCCGGAAAUGGAGCAUGAAUUAUAAGACUAAACUUUAAAUCACAAAACCUAUCUCCUUUCCUGCUUCUGCAUUGUAAUGCUUUGACUUCCACUCAUAUUUUAUAUUGAAUAUACAAUUGCACUUCUAAAUUGGUAAUGCAUUCUAACGAGUAGUUUAUAUAUUGCAUUUCAUAAAAUGAAGAUCACAAAUUCAUAUGAUCUGUUUUGUGACUGAAUAAAAGAAUUUGCUACUAAUUUAGAGAGCGAGAUCAUCAAAACCACACACAUCCUAUCAAAGCAUGGAUUUUAUUUUUCAGAUGGGUAUUAAUGGGAAAGGAAUUCCCAUUGUUGUUCACCAUAAGGACACAGAGAAUUGAAAAAUAAGCAGUACUGAAAUUUUUUAAGACUCACAAGCAAUCUGAAAUAGAAAGAUAAUUUAAUCCUUUACCUUAAACAUUUUUCUGUUAACAGAUACUAUCUGGUAAAGUUGUUCCAUGGUCUUCAUAUUUGUAACGUCAGUCUUAAUUGGUCUAGGAAUAUUAACAUUAAUAAAACAUGUUUGUGGUAAAACCUCUUAUCUAUGUUUGCAAUUCAGGAUUGUAUACUUGGCUUACAAAUAUCUGUUUGCACAUACAAAAACAAACAGAUUAUGUGAUUUAUGUUACCUCAGCAAAUGUUCAGUCUGAGGUAUUGAACCAAGGAACAAUGCUAAAAGAGGAAUCAACAAACAUUAUACUUGGAUAAUAUUUCUAAGAAUUGUAGCAUAAUUCAUUCUAUAAUAGCAGUCCUAGUGGCUUGAAAAUAUAUAUCAAGCUAAAGUUACGAAUAAUAUUUUUUUUAAGCAAGCUUUGUAUGUUUUCAGAAGAGAAUUUUAAACUGCAUUGUUGCCGAAACAGUUGCACUAUUGAGUGACCUUUUUUGCAAAGGUUUCUCACUAUUCUGAUUUCAACUUUAAAUAAAAUUUCUUAAAUUUAUACCCUG